AUGUCUAUGAUACUGCUCGGAAUUCUCGCUCUGGUUAUCAUUCUUAGAUGUCUUUAUAGAGGGCUUUUGAACCCUCUAUCUCACAUCCCAGGGCCCGCCCUUUCACGAUGGACCGACAUAGUUGUGAGCUUCUACUGGUUAAAGGGCAAAAAGGCAGUUUAUGUCGAUGAACUACACAAGAAAUACGGCCCCGUCGUCCGUAUCGCACCCAACGAAGUCGACAUUUGCGAUGUCGGCGCAGCAAAAGAAAUUCACAAGACAGGCGGCCGAUUCAUGAAAUCAGAAUGGUAUAGACUUCUGAUCCCACGGCCAUUCGAGAAUGUCUUCUCCACGCCUGACCCUCAUCUUCACUCUUCUCGUCGACGUCUGCUUGCCUCGCCACUGUCGGAUUCGUCCUUGUCGCGGUUCGAGACCCAGAUUCGGGAUAUGGUGCAACUUGCUGUUGACCAAAUGUCUCGUGAGAUGAAGGCCAAGGGUGCAGUUGAUGUUUUCAAGUGGUGGUUAUUCAUAGCAACGGAUAUUAUAGGAGAGUUGAGUUUUGGUGAAUCGUUUCGGAUGUUGGAGAAAGGAGAGAAAAAUCAGUAUACCCAUGACCUGGAGUACCUAGGAUCAUUAGCACCCAUCCGGACAACCUUUCCCUUCCUCAUCAAGAUCGGCGCCAUCCUUCCCCUGCCUAUAUUUAGUAAGGCGGUGCAGGCAGGAACAAGAGUCCACGAAUAUGCACGAGAGUCGGUUGCACGCCAUAAGUCUCUCUCUGAUAAGGAUCCAUCAAACGCCAAAAGUACACUGUUCACUAAACUGGCUGAUGCAGGCGACAAAGGCCUAUCGGAACAUGAAACUUGCAGCGAGGCACGAGGGUAUAUCGUGGCCGGCAGCGAUACAACCGCAGUAACUCUCACCUACCUUGUGUACGCUGUAUGUCGGGACAGUCGUAUCCGCGACAAGCUCGUUUCAGAGCUGAUGAGUCUCCCUGAGAACUUUACUGAUCGACAUUCUCGAAAUCUACCAUAUUUGAAUCAGGUAAUUAACGAGACGUUGAGGCUCUAUACGGCUGUUCCGGGCGCGUUGCCGAGAGUCGUUCCCGAAGAGGGUGCUCAGUUGGCCGGAUUCAACUUACCUGGAGGGACGAUCGUGUCCACGCAGGCAUAUAGCAUGCACCGAGACGAGAAUAUCUUUCCUGACCCGCUCACUUUUUACCCGGAGCGGUGGGCUUCGCCUACCAAGGCGAUGAAGGACGCGUCACUACCAUUUGGAGGUGGAUCUCGCAGUGAGUAUUAUGCAAAAUCAAACACUUUAAUCGAACAGAAGCUAAUGUUAGAACCCGUUCCGGAAUAG